ACAAACUGAUUUCGAUGGGAUUCAUAUGACUGGUGUACCUUUUUCGGCAGCACACCACCGGAAAUUGGCUUCGUUGUCUUUCUCACGGACGGACUAACGGUUCUCGUCAUCUCGGAUUUUGAAUAAAACCUGCGCAGAAAUAUUGCGCACAAAUAAAGGAAAAUGAGAGAUAAAACAACCUCCUGCAGUAAAAACUCACAUUAACAGACUUUCCGACCAGGAACAUCGGGAUUAAGACAGCAUCAGCAUGCCGGUGGAAAGUGGAAGUAAUGUUGCGGCUCGCCAGGCCAAGCAGAAGAGGAAGUCUCACAGCCUGUCCAUCCGCAGGACCAACAGCACCGAGCAGGACCGCUCCGGCCUGCAGAGAGACAUGCUGGAAGGGCAGGACUCCAAACUGCCACUGUCUCUGAGGAGCAACCUGCUGGACCUGUUCAGUCAGAUCGAGCGGGAGUUUGAAAACCUCUACUUGGAGAACCUGGAACUACGCAGAGAGAUAGAGACGCUGAACGACCGUCUGGCUGCAGAAGGACAAACGUUUGAAGGAGCAGAUUUAGCUAAAGGAGCUCUUAAAACAAAAGCGAGUCACAGCACCAGCCAGCUGUCUCAAAAGCUGAAAACAACCUACAAGGCCUCAACAAGCAAGAUUGUGUCCAGUUUCAAAGCAACUUCAACCAGAGCGGUUUGCCAGCUGGUCAAAGAGUACGUGGGUCACCGGGACGGCAUCUGGGACCUGAGCGUCACCCGGACCCAACCCGUGGUGCUCGGUACUGCAUCUGCAGACCACACAGCCAUGCUGUGGAGCAUUGAGACGGGAAAGUGCCUCCUGAAAUAUUUGGGCCAUCAAGGAUCAGUCAACUCCAUUAAGUUUCACCCGACUGAACAGGUGGCGCUAACAGCCUCUGGAGAUCAGACGGCUCACAUCUGGAGAUACAUGGUGCAGCUGCCGACUCCCCAGCCUGUCGCUGACAUCAGCCAGACACCCUGCGAAGAGGAUGUGGACUUUUCAGAUAAAGAUGAUGCUGACGGUGAGGUGGAAGGGCCAAACGACUGCCCCUCUAUCCGUGUGCCGACCACGACGCUCCGAAGCCAUCAGGGCGUAGUGAUCGCUGCUGAUUGGCUGGUGGGGGGCAAACAGGUCGUGACAGCCUCCUGGGACCGAGCUGCCAAUUUAUACGACGUAGAGACCUCAGAGCUGGUUCACUCGCUCACCGGCCACGACCAGGAACUGACCCACUGCUGCACACACCCCAACCAGCGUCUGGUGGUCACGUCAUCCAGAGACACGACAUUCAGACUCUGGGACUUCAGAGACCCGUCCAUCCACUCCGUCAACGUGUUCCAGGGUCACACAGAUACGGUGACGUCGGCCGUUUUCACCAUGGGGGAUAACGUGGUGUCUGGCAGCGACGAUCGAACCGUCAAAGUGUGGGACCUGAAGAACAUGCGGUCGCCCAUAGCAACCAUUCGCACUGACUCUGCUGUCAACAGGAUCAGCGUGUCGGUGAACCAGAAGAUCAUCGCUCUUCCUCACGACAAUCGGCAGGUCCGGCUGUUCGACAUGUCCGGGGUGCGACUGGCUCGACUUCCACGAAGCAACAGACAGGGUCACCGCCGUAUGGUUUGCUGCUCCGCCUGGUGUGAGGACAAUACAACCUGCAACCUUUUCACCUGCGGCUUCGACCGGCAGGCCAUCGGCUGGAACAUCAACAUCCCUGCUCUGUUGCAGGAGAAGUGACUUCCUCCCUUUUCUCAACCUCUCCAUAAGUGUGUGUUUGUGUCAAACACCUUCCCGUAGGUUAAAAGGACAAAUGUAGGUGGUUUAGUGUGGGUCUUUGUUGUUACUGUGGAGCUGCUGUGGUGUUUGUAACCGGCGGGAUGAUGGGGGGUCUUCUGGGCUGGAGGGGUUUGGUGUUCCACGUGUGAAUCACCAACACAUGCUUAACAUGUUAAUGUGUUACUGUAACGUGGGCGUGAUUCGUCUCUGUCCAAAAAGAAGAACGGUUUCUGUUCCACUUGCUGAAAAAAGCACAAAAACAAAAGAUUAUUGAAGGGUAGAUAUUUAGAUCACUGUGCUGCUUGAUGCUGCUGGGAGCUGCAGUUCAGCAGAUCUAAUAAUGUGCCACUAACAGCUGAUUCAUGUUUGCACAAAAGUCUCAGUUUUUCACAUUUUUGUGGUUUUAUUUUCAGUUUUGUAUGUUUCUGAUGGUUUUCUUUUUGUUUUGACUCAAACUCCCGGAUUUAAAAUUGUUCUCUCUGCAGAUUCUGAUCCAGUCCUGUUUUUAGGAACAGUUUUCUACAUUUUCUCUUUAAUCUCUGAUCAUCAGUCUUCAUCGGGAUGUUUUUUUUACUGUUCAGGCUUUUGGUGCCCCUGAACAACUUAUGCACUUUGUUUUUAUUUUAUUAGAGCUGUUACAUUUUUAAAUACUGACUUUUACCCAUUUCAGGAAAAUUAACCUCAAACUUAAGUGAGCCUUGACCCACAUAAUAAAUAAUUUAGAAAUCUGCAUUAUUGUGUAGUAUUACUUAAAUACAGAGAACCCUAGAGGUUACAUCAUUCUGUGUCGAUUCAUGUAAAAACGUGUGAUUGCUGUCAGAUCGCAGCUGGUUUUUACAUCGAAAACUGUAAGAUGUUGUCUGAUAGAUUUCCUCCGAUGCCGGUCCUGCUCUCGUGUCGUACUUGAUGAUUGUAAACAUCAGCUUUAUGUUUAUGGCAAUAAAACCAACACGCUUCUUUUCAAACAGAUUGUAAAUCCAGCUUCUGAAUUGUAAAACUACGGUGGCUGAGAAGGUUCAACGAAUGGCAAAAACCACAACAGAACAGCAAAAGCUACAAAGUCAGUGAGAAUUAAAUCCAAGUUAAAAAGUCAGACUGAAGCUUUAAUCAGGUCCUAAAUGCUCUUUUCUCUCAUUUAUUUACAUUUUUGCACAGCUAUGUUAUUAGCAUGAGUUCUGUUUUAGCAUCGCAUCCGGUACUCUAAAACGUAGAUCUGUUUUAUUAUUUAGCUUCGGUUUUAUUAUGACUUCUGUUGUAACUUUUGUGUUUUGUUGACCCUUCUAGGCCACCAAAGUAGAACAUGAUCGUUCGCAGCAGAAUGCUGACACAGCUUCUGUUUCUGUAUUCAGCCACACUUUACUGCUGCUUUACAACAAGUUUUAGUUUUAACAAGUUCAAAGAAACUAAAAUAAUUACAGAAUUUGUCCAAAACUAAAGUUUUAACCUGAUUUUUGUUCCAAAUGUGUGAAUCAUAUAAGCCUACAGAAGAUGAAGGUUUGACUCCUGCUGCGGUUCUUCUUCUCUUUAUGACUGGAUGUUUAAAAGGACUUUAUUUUCAUAUAAAGUCAUUUUAUCGCUUCCUGA